ACCACCGCCCCCACCGCCAUCCCCCCACUCGUCUACCGCGUGCACCGCAGCACCUCGCAAACGCGAUACUCCUUCUCCACCGGCUUCAGCGCCAAAAACCAAACCACAAUCGUAAACUACACCUCGGCCUUAUCCCGCUUCGGCCUCGCCCACCUCAACCAGCAAACCAACAUCUCCUCGCCCUUCAUCAGCGUCUACGACAACGCCGCGCACGCCGAAGCCGUAGCGCGGUAUUUCGGGGAGCGGUACCAGGAGGAUACGUGGGUUGUUAGUGUUGAUCCUGCGCAUUUUGCGAGGGGCCCGGUGUUUAGGGCGGCGGAUUUGCUGAGGGAGGGUGGUGGGGUUGAGGCGGAAAAUGGGGGUGGGAGUGGUAGCAGUAGUGAUAGGAAGAAAGGGAGAGGGGUGGCGAGGGAUGGGUCGGAUGAGUGGCUGCAUUGGGGUGAGUAUCUGGUCAUGUAUCGGAUUCCGGCGCAGGCGAUAAGGGAUCAGACGCCUGUUGCGAAGGUGGGGGAUCCGCUGAGGAGAGGGGUGGGGGUUAUUGGGGGU